UUUAAUACAUCUAGGUAUUUUGGCCAUUCUAAAAAUACAUGUAUUCAGAAAAUGUAAACAUGUUUUAUACAUCAUCUGUGGGUCAUAUGUGUGAGAAUCUAUAUUGUUUAUAAAUACUAUAUAAUAUAAAUAUACAAUAAAUUAUUAUAAUUAUAAUCUAACCCAGAAAUUAAUGACUUGAAAUAACUGUGUGUAUGUAUGCUUUGUGUGUGGGUAUGUAAGUGUAUGUGCAGGUGCCAAUAGAGACCAAAAGAGGGGGUCAUAAGCUCCCCCCUUGGGUGUGGGCACUAAGCUCGUGCUCUCUGUAGGGGCAGUACACACACUCUCCUAGCAGCUAUUUCUCCAGCCCUUUAAGUACUUUUUUCUGAUGAUAUUUCUGUUUGUAUUUGUGUCAGAAAGUGAUAAGCUUAUGUCGGUAUUUAUUACACUGCUUUAUGGAUUUUUGUUUUUUAGGCCUCAGGAACUAGAUUUUAAGCAUGUAAUGAAAGUGUCUUCUCUAAAAGAAAGCCUACCAGAAGCUGCCUUUAGAAGACGGAAUUACUUGGAGCAGAAAGUCUGUUGUCAAGAUUUAUGCUUUGAUUUAUAUGAAGUUGAAUUGUCAAACAAACAAGGAGAAAACAUAGAUAAGCUAAUGGAAUAUAUUAAAAAUAAGGAAUUGGCACUCAUCAAAUGCUUAGAAGAUAGGGGCUUUUUCAUUUUACUUACGUCAUCAGCCUUAAUUCCAGAACCAGACUUUGGAGAUGAGCAGCUGGGUCUACAUGCUUUGCAUUUAUUCCAGGCAUCUCAGGCAGCAGGAUCAAAGGACUUGAAAGUUGAAGAUGGCAUCUCUUUGAAAGUGAUACCUAUUUUACCUGCCCUUAGUUAUGCACUUCUAGAAGCAAAGAAGUCACUUUCUGAAGAAGCGAUCCCUCCAAACAUCUUAGUAAAACAUAGUUUUCAAGAGCUGUACAAGGUGGACAAAAGCCUUUCCUUGAUGGCUCCUCCUCAGGGUGGAGUGAAAGAUGCUGCGUCCACUGGGAAACUGCCCCACGCUUUUGACUUGGUUCCCGCACCUGAAACGUGCCCUUCGGAGGCCUUGGCUCAGUUGAAGUGUUACUUUUCAGACCCUGCUGGGUAUACUCUGGAUCUGUCUGCUGCUUUGGAUUUGUUGCCAGAGCAUCCUCAGUUCCCUUGUAUUUCAGACGGGGUUUGUGAUGCUGGAUUUUCAUUAGUUAUGACACCAGAUCCUGAAUUUCUUGACUCAGAGAUGGAAAUAAGAAAAGAAACUAAAACAGCAGAGAAGUCUGGGAGAACGUUGAAAGUGAAGAAGAAAGGUGUGACUCCAUCGACUCCAUCUUCAAAUCAGAGAGUUCAGCCAAAGAGGAAGGCUAGCACGUCAGUUAUCACACUGCCAAGUAAGCGGGUGAGCCUGGGCCGCCCCACUUCUAAAAGAACUGCACCCAGAACAGACAGGUCGUGCAACCCAACGCUAAAGCUGGCUAAAGGGCAGUUUCCUCAGAGAAAAAGAGGUGCAGAAGUGCUGACUGCACAAAUUGUACAGAAAACCAGACUAGAGAGAAAAAAGCAAGAUGUUUCUGUAUCUAAAGAUGGUCCAGUGCCUACAAAUGCCAAAAGGGCAAAGAAGCAAGAGAAAUCUCCAGGAAGAGUUGCGUCACGGCCUAAGCCACCUGUUAAAAAGUCUCCACAAAAACGGAAGGUAAAUGUAGCAAGAGGCCGUCGGAAUACCAAAGUCAGAAAGAAGCUCCAACCUGCCGAAAAGGAAAUUGCUUUACAUCUUCAAUCAGAAAUGUCAUUAGACGGUCAAAAAGAUGGACUUAACCUACUAAGUACUUCUCAACCAGAAAGCAUUGCGGUGAUUCCUAAAGGGCCUCCUGAGAACUCCAUCGUCAGCUGUGACUCCCAGGCCCUAAAUAUGUUAGCUGAUCUGGCAUUAAGCUCUGCUGCUUCUCCUAUACCAUCUUGUGAGCUCAGGAGCCUUCCCUGCUUCUCUGAAUUGCCUCAGAACAAUGUUUUACUGACUAAAGAAAGUGCAUCGCAUGGUGCCUCUGACCAUGAAUAUCAUAAGGGAGUUAAAAGUCAAAAAGCUGUACAACUACCCAAACCGUACUCUGACGAGAAGAUUAGUUCAGAGUCAAACUUAACUCAUAGCCAAGAAGAAAACUUGGUGCCAAGUGCUCAGCCUCUCGCUGUGGCCCAGUCAGCACCCCAUGAGGAAGCCCAGGAGUUUUCAGAUGCCAGCCAGAACUCUGUUGUUGUGGAGCAUUCGUACGCCUUGCUCCUUGCUGAGCAGUCAAAGAAACAUCUGCAUCCGCGAAAGCUACCAAGCCCUGGCUUUGUGAAGAAUGGGACCAAAGGCUCUGAGGCUGGAACACCUAUCGGAAAGGUCAUGCCAUUUCGGCAUCUACAGAACACCUCCCCUCUUCAAAAGCAUUCUGAAGAUUCAUUGACCAAGCGCAAAAGUCUGUUUGUAUCUUCGAGCCUUAGAGAGUUUUUUUGCUCUCAUACUAUUCUUAGUUGUGAUGGCUCCUUUAAGAUUACUUUCAAAUGUGAAGGAGAAUAUGUUUUCAGCUUAGACAGCAAAUACACCAGCAACCCACUGGAGAAAACUGUUGUGAGAGCAUUACAUGGACCCUGGAACACUGAUUUUCCUGAAAAUAUGGACGAUGUGAAGCUUUUACUUCAUAUAUGGGUAGCUCUGUUCUACAGCAAAAAGAACAAAGCCGUCGGGUCACCUCGAAAGGUAGUAGAACACAAAAAUCCAGCAAAAUAUGUAUGCAUAAAUAGGUCUUUAGAAUCUUUGGAUCACAGUGAAAUUGAGGAGUUUUCCAAUGUGGAAAGACCCUCUGUUGGAGGGUCUGUAGACCCUCUGUUGGAGACUAAGGAAACACACAUUGGUCAUGCCACCAAUAUGACCUUUCCUGGACCUAAACGCGUGCUUCCUUUCAUUAAUCCACCAACUACCAGAGACUUGGAACUCUGUGUACAGAAUGACCAGAAAGAAGUAUUUACAGGGGAGUGUCACCUGGAUACUUCAGGAAGCCAGAAUUUCAACUAUUCUUGUAAUACUGAGGUAACUGGAGGUAAAGCCAAACAAGAAUUAUCAAAUAAACUAGAGACUUCUAAUGUUGUGCUUUCAGGUGUUGUAAGUGCCCAAAGUAAUGGAACUUGUAUUCCCAGUGAAGAUAAAGCCUGUCAGAGCACAAAGGUGGUUUCUUGCCGUGACUCUGUCACACAAGCCACCUUGACCACAGCUUACGAUGGGGCCAGCAGUGAGUCGAUGCGUCAGAAGUCUGUGUUCCACAACCUUGAGAACAAAGUUGAUACUUUUCACCCAUCACUGCUGAUCAAAACAGGUGCUGUACAGGAUGUUAUCCAGCAUAGCAGCCUCAUAAAUAACGAAUGUCAGCCCUCUGUGGAAAGGAGGGAUGAUAGUGUGGAAUGUAUGAUGGUUAAUCUUGAGCCAGUUACUCUUGCUUUUGAAAAAAGUGCCAGUGUACCAGUACAUACAGAAGUAAAUACAGCCGACAAACCUACAGGUUUUAAUACCGAGCUGGUUAAACAAGUACCCCCUGCCUUGAGUAUUCAGUCUCCUGUGUCUGCAUUGGAAAAGGGACAAACACAGAGCCCUAGGGAUGUUUCAUCUCUUGCCAUGUCAGAAUAUAAAGAUAGCAAGUGCCUUUCUGCCUCUUCAGUAAACAAGGAAACACCUCCUGAAAGCCUGUGUCUAUUACAGAAAGAGAUUCCUCUGACAUCACCAGCUGAUAAAGGAUUGAUAAUGGAGGCACUCUCACUAGUUAAGAAUUCUAGUUAUUCAUUAGCCAGUGAUAAAACAAAGUGCCCACAAGAUGUCUCUCUACAGACUCAGAAUGGCUUGAGCAUGUCUUUAGGUGAGGUUCUAGAACCAUCGCAAGUUAAAGUGGUUUCAUCAACCUCUGUUACCUUGAGGGCACAGCAGUCGCCUAACUGUAUUUCAGUGACGAGUGAUGUAGCAGGUGGCUCUUCAGAAAUAAUGAACAGUGACAACAGUAGUCUAAACCAAAAGAAGGUUUUACAAAUCUUUAAUUCAGUAUUUCCCAAAGAAACUGAUCUAUCACUGAAUAGGGAAGAGGUUAGCAUGGAGUUGUCAGGGGAAGAUGCUGAUAUUGAUCUAACUCUAACAAUAUCACCGCCUACAAGCCCCAGUGAGGAAAUAGCAGCUGGUGAAAUCGAACAGUUCCAGAGGGCCACAGGAUCAAAUGUAGGACAACAGAGUAGACCUGAAGAAAUGGUUGAACCAGAACAACAGGGGAGCCACAUAAAAAACAGAGAAAUAAGUUCAGCUAGCUGCAUCUCAGUGUAUCCUGUGGAAUCCAAAGAAAUGUCAAAAAAUUACACCCCAGAGGUUGCAGAGAAAGUUAAUGUCACCUCGGACUUUCCCUUUGGCCCUCUAAUAGAAGUGUCACCAGCCUCAAGUCCUGACCCCAUAGUACAAACUGGAGACAGACAGUCAUCUCCAUGUUGUUUAAAACUGCAAGGCUCACAGUCUGAGAAAACUAACACGUUUUCCCAGAUUAAGUCAGGAGAUUUAACUAUACCAGAAAAAGAAAGUAGUCUUGUUGGUCCUGAGAGUCCAAAGGAACAAGAUAAGUUAGCUCAAACACAAGUGCAGCUCUCAGCUGAAAUGCCACAGAUACCAACUAAUGCAGAAAUAGAGGGCAGAGAUGCUGUGCCUGGGAAGGUAACCGAGGUCACUGUCCCCAGUGAGCAUGAGAAUUUAUCUUUCUCAGAAAAGGUACAGUGCUAUGAUACAGAGUUAAAUAAGCCUACCUCACCUGCCAAAUAUGGAGGUAAUUUUAAGCCUCUUGAGAAACCUGUAAAAUCAGGAAAUUCACUGGAGGCAGAUUGUAUGGUGAACAGAAAUAUGGACAUGAAAUCCCUUGCCUUGGAGUCCAGUGUAUCAUCAUGUAGUCCUAGAAAACUUGAAAAUAAACCUUUGUCUGACACAUUGGUUUCUGUUACCACAAAUGGAAUAGUGAAUAUGUCAUUAAAACAGACUAGUUCUCAGAACAUUAAGAAAAAUGUUUGUGACAGUGAUAUAAAAGCAGAGGCUGAUAGUAAUAUGCAGGCUGGGGCAGUGAACUCUGCCUCCAUUGACAAAACUGACGUUCAGGCUUACUUUCAUCCAGAAGACUCCGAGUUUGCGUCUUCCUCUGAGUGUGCUCAGUGCACCGACUACACAACUCCAGUAAGUGCAGAGCCAGGGUUUCAAACACAGGAAAUACCAGUAGUCAGAAUGGCCAGCUUGCUUAAGAAUAUUGGAACAGAAUUACAUGAAGAAAGGAUGGACCUCAGUGCUGUUGCCCUUCAGUCCAAUCCCAUGUCUGCAAAAGAUGAACAAAAAACAAUUCAUCUGCCGCAGGACACAAAGUGUGAAGUAACAGAGCUCCUGAAUGGUGAUUUCUCCCAAAAUGCUCAUUCUUGCCAAAAUAUAGUAGACUUCAGUAAAAGUGAAGAGCCUUCUGCUUCCUUUGUCCCAGCAUUAGCUGACUCUGUUUGUGGCAACUACAAAGAACAUAGUGACCCUAGCAUGGGGCAUGAAACCAAGGCAGAUGCUGAAACACUGAGCAGGGAUACAGAGAUAAGUGCAAGUGCUUCCAUGUGCCAUGGACCACAUUCUGGAGACUCUGUUCAGGAUUCUCUAGAUUGUAAAAACUGCAAAUUCGAUAUGGAGAAUUUGAGAGGUAAUCACGCAAGCCAAAAAGAUGCUGUAAAAGAUAGCUGUGACUCUUUUACAAGCUUAAACAACAGUGAUGACACCUGGGCCUGCUCUAGCAAAAUUUCAGCGCUUGAGACACACAUCCCACCCAGAAACCAGGAAACAGAACCACGUCCUGUCUCGCCAAAUACUAAGUGUAUGCCACGCUACAUCCAGAUCCCAGAUUCCCACGGUGUCCCCAAGACUUACGCUAACUUUACUAUAACAAAAGAGUUCAAAGAUACCACAAGAAGGUUGCAUAGCCUGAAGAGGCAUCGGAAUUUGAGUGCAAACUGUGACCUUCUAAGUUCCUGGACUAGCACCUGGCAUGUAGCAGAUGACCUUACUCAGAAUACAUUAGACCUAGAGUACUUGCGUUUUGACCAUAAGCUAAAACAGAUAAUAAAGAAGGGAGAUUCUCAGCAAUCUUCCCCUUCCAACACCAUCUUCCCUAAGGAAUCACAAAUGCAGUUCUCGGUUGGAACACUCCCUUCCACACCAACAUCUGAGGCCUCGGGUCUGCAUCUUCCACGCAAGAGCAGAAGCCCCAUCUUGGUGACAGUUGUACACUCAGACACCAGGCAGCAGAGUCCUCAUCACAGAAGAGGCUACUCACACAGCAGUCUGGACAGUGCUGCUGCUUUUUGGAAGGAAAAAUGUAGCCAAAGUAGAAAUCUUAAAAAUUCUGAAAGAAGUCAGACUGUUCCAUUCCACCUCAAUAAACUGAAAUACAACAGUACUUUUAAAGAAUCUAGAAAUGAUAUUUCACUUAUUCUAAAUGAAUAUGCUGAAUUUAAUAAGGUAAUGAUGAAUAGCAACCAAAUUCUUUCCCAAGAAAAAGAGGUAAAUGCAGCUUCUGCAGAAGCUGUGUCCCAGGAGACUUGCCAGCCAAGACAGUCGGUAUCCUACAGAGAUGUGAUUACAGACUUGUGUGCCACUCUACAUGUCAAACUAAAAGGAGUUAUGAGAGAGGCUUGUAAGAGCCCUUUCUGGUUCUACCUCGUUGAAACAGAAGAUAAGUCAUUCUUUUUAAGAACAAAGAGCAUUCUAAAGAAAGGAGGCCAUACAGAAAUUGAACUUCUGGAUUUCUGUCAAGCUUUUCACAGAGAAAAUGAGACACUAUUAGUUAUUAUCAAAAAUGAAGACAUAAUAGCACAUUUACAUCAAAUUCCUUCUCUACUGAAGCUAAAGCACUUCCCCAGUGUCGUCUUUGCUGGAGUGGACAGCCCUGAAGACAUUCUGAAUGACACCUACCAAGAGCUGUUUCGGUCAGGCGGCUUUGUGGUAUCAGAUGAUCGCAUACUAGAAAGUUUAUCUUUAGUUCAACUGAAGGAGGUGCUCAAAACCCUAGAAAAACUAAAUGAAAACAGCAGGUGGAAGUGGCUGCUUCACUACAGAGAAAACAAAAAGCUCAAGGAAGAUGUCCGGGUAGAUUCAAUAGCACAUAAAAAGAACUUAAUUCUAAAGUCAUAUCAGAGUGUAAACAUCAUUGACUUACUUCAUUAUCACAACUGUGAUUCUCCAUCAUCAACAAAAGCUGAGAUUUUGAAAUGCUUGUUAAACCUGCAAAUUCAACAUAUCAGUGCCAGGUUUGCUGUCUUCCUAACAGACAAGCCUGCGGUCUCUACAGAAAUCUUUGAAAAUCAUGGCAUCCUCGUUACAGAUGUAAACUACUUCACUGAAAAUAUACAAAAGAUAGCAGCUCCAUUUAGGAGUAGCUAUUGGUGAUUUUGGAGUUGAGACUAGAUAUGGAGUACACCAACAAGAAAGUCAUGUUUUCCUGUGUCUGAAAAACUCCAAAUACAUACAGACAGCUCUCAGUGAAUAAUCAAUGUUUCGUUUCUCCUACUUCGCUGUAAUGUCUCAUUUCAUCAUGGACGGUAGUCACCAUUAACUUUGGGUUAUAAUGUUGAAUAUUGUAAGUUACUUUUAACCUAAACUUAAUGCGUUCAAAACUAUUGAGCUAAAUAUCAAAACUCAAGAACCUCACGUUUUUGUGGCUAAAGCUAAAUCUAUUUUGAAAAAUGGCUGUUUUUGCGUGUGGUCAGAGGCUUAUGAACCGCAUGUUUCAGAGGUUUUGCCACACUGUAGAACGUAUAGUCUGUAAUGGUUGUUUGCUGUUACAUAAGAAACACUACAUAGUAAAAACUUUUUUUUUUUUUCAUAAAUGACAAAUUUCUACACUUUUACACUUGGUUUUUUAAUGCAGCACUACAAAAAAAAUCAAUUGAGGAAGAAAUCCUUUAUUUAUGGUAUUAGAACUUUCUUAAAUCUUUAAAAUACAAACAAGAAAAAAACCAUUUGUAUACUAUCUAUUUGGAACAAAGGCUUUUAUACCUAGUUUGGGUUUUUUUGUUGUUGUUUUGUCUUUUUUUAAAUAAAGACAUUAAAAAAG